ACGGGCAUUGUGAAGAAUACACGGAUUACAUAUCGUAAACUUGUGUUGUAUAUGCUGUACCAUUUAAUUUUUAUUUCCGAACAUUGCAAACUAUAGUAAUACGUUAGUUCAAAGCUGACAAAAAUGUUUCAUUUAUUGUCUUUCGUAAAUAUUUAUCGAAACAUUUGUUUUACAAUUGAAAGUUUAUUUUUAAAAUCGAAAGAAGAAGUUUGAAAAUAAAAAGUCCACAAUGGCGACUGGAAGAUUACUUGAUUCCAACCGAGACAAGGCAGGCGAAUUUAUUGGAGAAUGUACUAUAUCACAUUCGUGCGAACCGUGUAUGAAAUCAAACGAAUCAAAAACUGCAACGAUUUUCUGCCAGGAUUGUGACGAGUAUCUGUGUGAUACUUGCAAAAAUGCACAUAACGUGUACAAACCUGGCAGGCACGACAUUGUCAGAAUUCAGGACAGAACCUCAGGACGGGUGGUAGUGGACAUGAAAGCGAUGGAGAUAUGUCGAAAUCCCGUGGAUACCAGUCGCAUCAGCUUAUCAUCCCACACAAGGCCGCUCACCCUUGAGCUGAUCGUGUCCGUUGACCUAUCUAAGACUGGAGAUGUUGAAAUGGAACCUCGUAUUUCUGGACUGGACUUCAUGCCGAACGGUAGACUGGUAGUCGUGGAUAACGCGAAUAAGACAUGUUUCAUCCUCAAUGAGCGGCUGCAGAAACUAGGAUCACCGCACAAGUUCAUUAAUAAACCAAUGGGUGUUGUAUGCUUGUCUCAGAAUGAGCUGGCCAUAACGUGUGGUAAGGAUGUAUGUUUCCUGUCCCUGAGUACAGACCAUAUCAUCAGAAUGAGAAGGACGAUCCACACAUCAUCCAAGUUCUCCUCUAUCUGCUGCGAGUCUCCAUUCAAAAUGAUCGUGAGUACGUACGAUGAUCCCCGCCCUGCCAGAAUGUUAUCAGUGGAAGGCGUGGAGUCUGAUUUUGACAACGUGGAAUUACCUUACGAGACCUACAAAGUAGGUGAGAGUGCGUGCACCUAUGUCCAGUCUAAGAACACGUUGGUACUGACUGACAUGUUAGCUCACGUUGUGUACAUGUUCGACACCGUGAAGGGCACGUCUAAAGCUAUCACUGAUGAAAAAAUACGGGAACCAUGUGGCGCAUGCGUCGGGCCUGCUGACACGGUGCUGGUGAUCAGUAGGGCGAAGAAUUCCCUCGUUCACCUUACGGUGGAAGGUGACAUACUAUGUACCUAUCCAGUGGAUAUAGAGAUGCCGUGGAUCCUGUGCAUGAAUAAGGGUGGCACGAGGCUGGCUGUGUCCAACAUAUUGAUCGGCAUUAGGAAAAUCCAGUUGUAUAAGAUAUCAAGAGCAAUUAGUUAGGUGACUAUUUAGAUUUUAAUAAUGCGAUAAUGCUUUCUGUUCACAUAUUAUUUAUUAAUCACUGUAUGUGAUAAUGUUUAAUAAGUACGAUAUCGGAUUCAUUUAAAAUAAAAAGUGUUGUUUUGACGCUGUAAAGCUAAAUAAUGUCAAACUGCAUAUGAAGUGUGAAUUCAUUUUCAUUAACAACUUGUUUGAAUACAUUUAAUUUGAAUACAUUUAAACAUUAAUUCAAUAUAUAUUUAUAUGUAUAUUAAAAUAUGUUGUGUAUGUAAUACGUUUAAUGCCCAUAGCACUCAACUUGACUUGUGUGUAUUUUUAAAUAUUUUAUUGUUUAAUAUUCCAUAUAACUAUUGUUUUGUAUAUUAAAUAUUGAUAACAUUAAAAUGUUAUAUAUUUCUUAUGUGUGGCUAUUCUCUGUAGCGCGUUAAAUUUAGGUCAAUGUAUAUUAGUUUUUGACAAGGUUACGAAUAUCAUUUUUUCAAAGAUAGAGUUCGUCAACUAUGCAGCUGUCAAAAUAUAUAUUAUUGUUUGAAGCCAAUAACAUAUGUUUUGCAUUAUAGGAAUAAACUUAACAUAGUUGCUUGAAUAAGCGGAUCCAAUAAAUUACAACAAACAAAUGAUUCAAAAACACUUUUGCACUGAAAAAUACAAGGAAUAUAUUUACUUACUGUCACGAUCGGAAUGUUUCGUUCAUUCAACAUACUGGAGAUGAUGGACGGAGUCUAUCCUAAGUUGACUGGACUUCCUGCCAGACGGAUAGAAUGGUAGCAGUGGACAACAAGAACAAUAAAUGAAUCAUAAUGCAUAAGCGAUUACAGAGACUAUAUUCAUCGCAUACGUUCAAGCAGUACCCACGCUGCGUAAUUUGUGUAUCAACUGUGAAGCUGGCUGUGACAGUUUAUAUCAAGACAGUGAAUCUGAUAUCCGUGAGUUCUUACAAUGUCAUUCGUCCAGUCAGGGAGAUCAAAACCUCACCGCAGUUCUCAUCGUUAUGCUUCAUGUCUCCUUUUAAUAUGGACAUGGCUACGUUUGAUGAUCUCCACCCUACUAGAAUCAUAUAAAUUAAAGGUUUAGAGUCUUAAUAUGAUCAUGUGGAGUUUCCGAAGAAGAUGAACGAAUGUAAUGAGAUAUAUUUUACGUAUAAAACCAGUUGGGUUGGUACUUUUUUACAGCUAGGCCCAACCGUGGGCGUGAAUGACACCGAGAAGGGCAUGUUAAGAGCAGUCACUGAUGAGAACAAAACUGGAAACAGGAAAAACGUUACGCACAUGAUUUCAAGAAACUUAUGUUGUUUAGAGUACUAUUAGUUGUCAGCAAUGCAUUAUAGUGUGCAGUAAGAUAUUAUCCAGUUGAUACAUUGUUUCUUCAUGAGUCAUGAGUCAUUAUUUUUCUCGACUGUAAUUAUUUGAGUGUAUUUAAUAAUUGAGCACAUAAUACAGUCUAAAUGAAAUAAGAACUCUUUGAGAAUAUCUCUUAUUACUUGCGUUUAAUUAUUGUUGUUAUUGUAAGUAUUAAACUUCGUAAUUGUA